CAUACUUUUACUUUCGCUUUUAAAGCGCACUCACUCACUCACAUGUCUGAAUGCAUGCAAUUGUUUAACUGUGAGUUCAUCUAAAAUUUCAUUUCUUUAUGACCUUAGCACAAGCUUUAUAAAGUAAACGGAAGUCUUAGUGUGUUCGAACUGCUGUUUGUAUAUGUGACUGGUGUUAUGUUGUAGAUUGAUGGAAGACAGGUCGAGGCACAUGCGACUGAGAGAAUGGCUCAUAGCGCAGAUAGACAGCGGUAAAUACGCUGGACUGAGCUGGGAAAAUGAGGAGAAAACCAUGUUCAGGAUUCCCUGGAAACACGCGGCCAAACAGGACUACAGACAGAACCAGGACGCCGCGCUGUUUAAGGCAUGGGCCAUGUACAAGGGUAAAUUUCAAGAGGGCAGGGACAAAGCAGACCCCUCUACGUGGAAAACGCGUCUGCGCUGUGCCCUCAACAAGAGCACAGACUUCCAGGAGGUUUCUGAGCGCAGUCAGCUGGAUAUCUCUGAGCCGUACAAGGUCUACCGGAUCCUGGACGACACAGGAAGAGCGGCAGAACCUGCUGGAAACCCAGUGAUAUCACUGGACAGUGACUGCAGCAAAGCCUUGAGAGAGACGCAUCUGCCCAUGCAGGACAGCUCGCUUGGUGACUCAAACAAAUCUGCUGGAUGGAGUGUGAAUGGCAGGGCUUAGUGUCCCAGUUCAGGCACUGACUCCAUUCCUCUAUACCCGUCUCAGGUCCCCAUAACUGACUGCCGCCUGGAGGUGCGUUUGUUCUAUCACGGUAACCUGGUGCAGAAUCUCGUUACUACGUCUCCAGACGGAUGCUUUAUUCUGCAGGGCUGCGCUCCGGUUGGGAACGAGCGCAUCUACGGGCCUUGUGAAGCCAAGAAGGUCUUCUUCCCUCGUCCAGACAUCAUACAGCUGCCUCCGGGCAUCUCUGAUGCCAUGACCCGUCUUCUGCCGCACCUGGAGAAAGGUGUGCUGGUGUGGGUGGCCCCAGACGGUGUGUUCAUCAAGCGCUUCUGCCAGGGCCGCGUGUACUGGGACGGCCCUCUGGCAGAGCACAGACAGAAACCAAACAAACUGGAGAGAGAGAGGACCUGCAAACUCCUGGACAUGACCAUCUUCAUGCAAGAGUUACAAAACCAUCAGCAGGGCACUGGUCCUGAGCCACAGUACACAGUGGACCUGUGCUUCGGAGAGGAGUUCCCUGACCCCAGCCAGCCAAAGACCAAGAAGCUCAUCACUGCACAAGUGAUUCCUCUGUUUGCUGUAGAGUGUCUCCGCAGGCAUAAUGCACCUAAUAAUGUGGAGAUGAAGCAAUCACCGCCACACAGGAGAACCAAUGAAUAAACACACCUUAAUCAGAACAACACCCGUUUCACCAUCCCUGUGUAGGAAUUCACCAACAAUGAUAUUAAUAAAUUAUAAUUAUAAUAAUAAAAUACAAAUGGAAGUGUCUGUAUCUAACAUCAGUAGAAAGAAGAAAUCUACAAUGUUAACUUUUCAUUGACUGUAUUAAGCUUUAUGUCCUUUAUAGUCUUACUAACAUUACUAACCAUGAUAUUGAUUCAAUUAGAUUGAUUUCUUUAUCUUUUUGUAAAAUUUUGCUUCAAAAAUUAAAUUAAAAUAAAGAGUUUGGUUAGUCUUCUGUAUCACCUGGUUAUUUCAGAGGUAAAAUACGACUCAUGGUAGACAAUACAGCUUGUACUGAAGAGAACUCAUGUCACACUGAAUGCAGCCGUUACACGUAGGCAGUGUUUAAUGCAAUGAACUCAUAAGAGUGACGAGCGAUCUGAUCCUUCAGACCCUUCAGAGAAAUUAGGAAUCUUUGUUUCACCCUUUAAAUGAUAGAUAAAUAAAUCAAAUUUAAAAGGUCCUGCCCAAGGUUGUCCCGAGGGCUGGCCCAUCCCAAAUAUAUUUGAGCAGAUUACUUAUGAAGCUGUGGAUUAAUUCUGGCAUUGUAUUUUUUAAAAACAAAUCCAAGUGCAUUGCAUUCAAAAGAGAGUAAUGAUGAUAUUCACUGUGGCAUGAUUUCUGCACAUCCUCAAGCCAGCGUCACGAGCUUAAAUUACAUUUAACAUUGCCCAGGUGUAAUGACUGCAUGAUUUUUUUUUUCCAUACACUUGACAUGUUGCCAGACUGCUUAUAGGCCACAUUCACACAGCAGCAGAGUCCGCUUAUCAGUCCUGCAUCUGGGUCAUUCAAACAGAUGCGUUCACACACGUUCGGUUGUUUAGGGGGGUGACGACCAAAUAAACGAUAACUGUGGCUUCAGUAACUCACAGAGACGCAGAUAUGAGCUGUGCGUCAUCUGAAGGUUUGGAUCCAGUCGCUGUUCUCCACCGGACUCGAAUGCUCCGCUCUUUACUGAGGUAGAAAAGCUGCCAUUUAUUCAAGAUUCAACAGAUGAAGUGGCACCACAAUUGAAUUUGUGUUGUCAAAUGUGAGACGACAAAUGCAUUUUUUUGCACGUCGCCAUCAUUGAUAUUUACUUAGCCACCCUCGCUAUGCUUACAGCAGGUAAUAGACACAAACACAAUACACAAUGAUACAGAGAGUAUUCUACUCUCGUAAGCUGCUGUGUGAACAGGACAUUUCUAGGGCUGGUCCGAAUACCAUUUUUUGAGCUUCGAAGCUUCGGAGGGAGGGGGCUGAACAUAUUCUUCUCUCUAAUAAAGGCAUUUUUAUUAUGUUGAGAACCGUUCAUCCAAUUGACUUCACGCAUGGCGGGUGUGUUGCUGCGGACCCAAGGUAGUGCAGUGUGGAAUGUUGGUGCAAUAUGGACACACGACACGUUCAGAAUUUAUAAACUUUUAAUAAACUACAGAACCGCGCGAUCCGGAAGCGGCAGGGCUUAUAUGCUCCGAGAACGGAAAUUGCACUAGUGAUACAAAACACACAGGUCUGUUAAGAGCAAUACUUUUAAUAAGGUAGCCUAACAUUUUUCUAAUAAACAAAUCACUCCCGAAACAGAAAUGAGCAGCACAGUAAUUACACCGCAAAGGGUAGGCUAUUUAAAUAAAAGAAGAACGAAAGAGUUCAACGAACUGUAAUAAAUAAAGAACACGGUAGCAUAGUUUAAAUAACAGCAUCACACAUUUUAAUUAACGAACAGUUUAAAUAAAAUAAAACUAAUUCUGACUGCCUUACAU